UGACCAAACCAACUUCCCCUUGUCAUAAAUGGCCUACAAUGGCGGUGGUGGCAUUGCCUCUCUCAUUGCUUCUUAGCUGCAGCUCCCAGUUUGGUUCCAGUUAGGCAGCUGCUCAGGUCUACCUUUUCAUUCAAUGCUCCAUUUCUUUUUUCCACCACACCUUUAAUUCCCUCCCUGUAGGGAACCCUUUUUUAGAUUUUGCUAAUCCACUCGAUUCUACUUCGUCUUCUUCCUCUUUUUUCAGUGUCAAUUUGGGACCAUUCGAACCUCUGUCUUUAUCGUAGAGUUUUGUGGUUUUGAGGAUUUUGAGUCUCCAUCUCCACUGGGUUGUGGUCCAAAUUUGGCGUCUCUUGUGUUUUUUCCCAACAUUUGGGCAUCUGGGUGUCUCUCGAUUUUUGUUUUUUUGAUCAAUUUUGAGGAGUUUUCAUCGAUUUCUCAAUGAGGGUUUCUAAUUAACUAUUUCCCAUGUCUCUUUAAUAAGCUUCAUGAUGUGUGGAUGGAAAUGGCAAUGGCAAUGGCAAUGUUUUAUUAGCUGUGAAGAAGCAUUUAGAUUAGUAUUUUCCUGUUCUUGAAGUUGUUGCUGUAUUGCUGUUUCUUAGUGAUAGAAGCUUGUCUGUGGUGAUGUCUACAACAAUCACUUUCAUGAUAAAAAAUUGUCUUCCCCUCUCAUUGGUCCUUUCUUUCUUCAAAUUCAAAAGCUAGUGAUUCCAAUUACUGUUUUCUUUCACUUUGCCUUUUAUGUAGGGGUUUAAUUUCCCAGUUUUUGCUUCUUGGUUGCUCUAUUUUUGUUUCAUUUUCUGUAAGGAUUUCACAGAAUAUACAAUGUUUUAUCUGCUCAUCUCUUUCCUUUCCUUCAUCCUUCUCUCUAAGUCCUUCUCUUACAAACGGCUACUGCCAUGGGAGGCCAAGAUGAGCUUGUUGACUGCUUUACUUCUAUCAUGGUUCCACAAGAGCAGACUUGCUCUGAAUUUCUUUCAAGUUCUCUGGGUUUCAGAUCCGCCAUUAAAUAGCAUCAUCACAUGUAGCACAAAACUGGGGAAUUUAGAGGAGGGAAGGGGGAUUUCACUCUUGGAUUUACCCAAGUUGGCUCUUGAGUCGAUUCUCGAUCGGCUUUCGCCGUCUGAGUUGUGUAAGAUGGCAAAUGUGUGCACUUAUUUGAGAGAUGUUUGUGAAGAUGACUAUUUCUGGGAGAAGCACAUGAAGCAGAAAUGGGGGAAUUUGAUGGGUAAUUCUGCUUAUAAAGAAUGGCAUUUGCAUAUUGCCCUUAAGAGGAGAUCGGAGCUCUCAAGUCCAUCUCAGAAGAAAGGUUUGUUCAGUUCAUAUUUUGGAAGUUGGUCUUUGCUGAUUAGACCAAAAUCAGAAAGUAGAGGCAAAAUCAGGAGCUCUUUACCAAUUGAUUCAAUGAAGGCUUGGUAUCAAUCUCUUGAGAGUGGAAAGUUAUGGUUCCCAGCUCAAGUCUACAAUAGAGAGAGUGGUCAUGCUGGUUUCAUAUUGUCUUGUUAUGAUGCCCAAAUAUCCUACGAUUCGCAGACCAAUAUGUUUAAGGCAAGAUAUCCACCACACGGGCGACGGGCGAUAGAGGAAAAUAUUCUCUGGAACAGGCUAAGAGCUCCACCUGUUGAUAUUCCUCCCCAUGUUCUCCAUGUCUCUGAAUGCUUAGCUGACUUGAAACCUGGUGAUCAUGUCGAGAUACAAUGGAGAAAAAGCAAGGAGUUUUCUUAUGGUUGGUGGUAUGGCGUCGUUGGCCACUUGGGGGCGUGUGAUGGGAGUGCAAACAACUGCCAUUGUUGCUGUAAUGACAAUGUGAUGUUGGAGUUCAGUCAGUACAGCGUCGGGUCGCGUUGGAGAAAGACGGUGAUAAACCGAAAGAGCCACAAGGAAGUAGGGAAUGAAGCAGAUGGGUAUUAUGGAGGAUUAAGGAAGCUCUACAAAGCAGAGGAAAUUACAAGGUGGAAAUGCCUGUGGCCUAAUCGAGUUUUGGAAUAGAAUCAUUACAUUCUUCAUGCUUCUCUGCUUCUGUUUUUAUGUACAGAUUUAGCUUUUUCUUAACCAUUUCUCUCGAUCUCUCUGAGGUUUUCUCCCAAAUUAUGAGUUAAGAGGCGUUGCUUGGAGUCUUUUGGAGGAUGUUUUAUAUAUCAAGCUUCUCUAAUUUUGUAUCUUACAUGUAAAUUUGGGAAUCUUCAAAGAGGUUUUUUGAGUUGUUCAAAAGUUUUUAUUUUUUUUUUUGGGAA